CCUCCAUCACCACCACCUCCUCCAUCACCACCUCCUCCAUCACCACCACCUCCAUCACCGCCACCUCCUCCAUCACCACCAACACCUCCUCCAUCACCGCCACCUCCAUCACCGCCACUUCCUCCAUCACCGCCACCUCCUCCAUCACCACCACCACCUCCUCCAUCACUACCACCUCCUCCAUCAGCACCACCUCCUCCAUCACCACCACCUCCAUCACCGCCACCUCCUCCAUCACCACCAACACCUCCUCCAUCACCACCACCUCCAUCACCGCCACCUCCUCCAUCACCACCAACACCUCCUCCAUCACCACCACCUCCUCCAUCACCCCCACCACCUCCUCCAUCACCACCACCUCCUAUAUCACCGCCAUCACCGCCACCUCCUCCAUCACCACCACCUCCUCCAUCACUACCACCUCCUCCAUCACCACAACCUCCUCCAUCACCACCACCUCCUCCAUCACCGCCACCUCCUCCAUCACAGCCACCUCCUCCAUCACCACCACCACCUCCUCCAUCACCACCACCACCUCCUCCAUCACCACCAUCUCUUCCAUCACCACCACUCCUCCCGCCACCACUACCUCCUCCAUCACCGCCACCUCCUCCAUCACCACCACCACCGCCAUCACCGCCAUUACCGCCACCUCCUCCAUCACCACCACCUCCUCCAUCACCACCACCUCCUCCAUCACCACCACCUCCAUCACCACCACCACCACCACCACCACCGCCAUCACCGCCAUCACCGCCACCUCCUCCAUUACCACCACCUCCUCCAUCACCACCACCUCCUCCAUCACCACCACCUCCUCCAUCACCACAACCUCCUCCAUCACCACCACCUCCUCCAUCACCACCUCCUCCAUCACCACCUCCUCCAUCACCGCCACCUCCUCCAUCACCACCACCACCUCCUCCAUCACCACCACCUCCUCCAUCACCGCCACCUCCUCCAUCAUCACCACCACCUCCUCCAUCACCGCCACCACCACCUCCUCCAUCACCGCCACCUCCUUCAUCACCACCAUCACCGCCAUCACCGCCAUCACCGCCACCUCCUCCA